AUGCCGGUAGUUGAUGGAACACAUGUAAUAUCUAUGAAAAAUUACACCAUUGUCAGUGAUGGAUAUGGUGAAAAAGGAGUAAAAAAAGUAUACGAAGAUGAGUUUUUCAUAUGUGAAAGUUUGAAGAGUUUGAACAAAAGCCUACAUCCUAAUUUUAAUUUUUCCUGCUUUUGCCUCAUUGAUGGGCAUAACGGAAAAAAUACUGCUACGUAUUUAAAAAAAAAUUUGGCACAGGAAUUGUCAAAUAGUUUCAUGGUAAUUCAGAAGACGUAUGAUGAGACACUUCCUAUACCAGACCAUUUUAUAAGAAUUGGCGUUAACAGCGCGUGCAAAAAAGUGGAUGAAAAUUUAUCUUUGGAAUUUCCCGGUUGCAGAGAUGGUGCAACAUGUGUAAUUAUUUUAAUAAAGGACGAUUACGCUUAUAUAAUAAACAUAGGAGAUUCAUCUGCAUAUUUAUGUAGAUACUUAAAUAACGCUAAUCAAGCUAUAGAUCUAGUUGAUAUUCACAAGCCUUGGGUGCUAUCAGAAAAGGAAAGAAUCAUUAAACAUGGUGGAAUUAUUGAAAAUGGAAGAAUAAAUGAUAUAAUUGAUGUAACAAGAUCUUUUGGUGAUUUUUCAUUAAAGAAAUAUGGCUUGUUGUGUACGGGAACCUUUAAAAAAUUUAAAAUAAACUCAGACGAUAAUUUCAUAAUUUUAGGUACUGAUGGAUUUUUUAGUUUUGUGGAUGUUAAUCACAUAACUAACGAAAUUAUAUCCUUGUCAAAGAAGGAAGAAAGAAUGGUAAAUGUUGAAAAGAAGAAAGGAAUAUUUGAUGCAAAAAACAUUUGCAGAAUUAUGGUUGAACAUGCUAUUAUUGAUAAAAAAUCACAGGACAAUGUCACAGUAAUUUUAAUAAAAUUUUUACACAAAUAA